CAGACAGUUUUGUGUUGUUGUUGUGAAAAUGGAGGAUGUGGCGGAGCUUCUCGCCGUGCUGUUUAUCUGCAUUAUUCUGCACGUUAUGCAGCACAAGAGCCAGUCGCUGGACGUCGCCAAGCAGAUGCGCUCGAAACGGUGUCACCGUUUCUUUACAGAGCUCAAUGCGCGGAGGAGGGCGAGGAGGAAGAUGCUGCUGGGGAUCCUGCCCAAGCCGCGCAGGUCUCCGGUGGUGUGGGCGAGGGAGCGCAGCACCGAGUGGUGGCAGGAGACGGUGCUCGGCUGCUUCACGGAGAUCGACUGGCUGGAGAACUUCCGCAUGAAGAAGAGCACCUUCUUCUACAUCGUCUCUGAGCUGCAGCCUCUGCUGGAGCACCAGAAGACCAAAUUCAGAGACCCGGUGAGCGUGGAGAAGCGGGUCGCCAUCGCGCUCUGGCGCUUCGCCACUAACCUGGAGUACCGCAGCAUCGGCCAGCGCUUCGGCGUGAGCCGCACCACAGUGUACCGCUGCGUCCGGGAUGUCUGCCUGGCCAUCACCAGGGUGCUGAAGCCCAAGUUCCUGAGCCAACCCACCGUGGCUGACUUCCAGAGAGCAUGCGAGGGAUUCAGAGAGAUCUGCGGGCUCCCAAUGUGCGCUGGAGCCAUCGACUGCACCCACAUUCCCAUCAUCGGACCCGAGGAGAACCAUGCAGACUACUACAACGCCCAGGGCUGGCACUCCGUGGUGCUGCAGGGCAUUGUGGAUCACAGGGGCAGGUUCUGGGAUGUGUCUGUGGGACACCCCGGCAACACCCAUGACUCCCAUGCCUUGCGCAUGUCCAGCAUGUGGCAGAAGGCCGGCAGUGGGACACUGUUCCCCAGCCACAGCGAGGAGCUGCACGGCUGCACGCUGAGCUACAUGAUUGCUGGGGACUCGGGGUACCCUCUCAAGCCCUGGCUCAUGAGACCCUACUCCGGCAGGGUGGCGCUGACGGGCCCCCAGCGCGACUUCAACGCCAGGCUGGGCAGGGCGCACGCGGUGGCAGAAGGGGCUUUCGGGAGACUGAAGGGAAGGUGGAGGUGUCUCCUGAAGAGGAACGACUGCCAGCUCCACAUCCUGUCCAGCCUGUUGCGCGCCUGCUGCAUUCUGCACAACAUCUGCGAGGCCAGCGAGGACCGCUUCUUCCAGGACUGGCUGGAGAGCGACAAGGCGGAGGACUUCCCUCAGCCUGUUUGUCAAGCUCGGGACCGGGGGGAGGAGGAGGAGUCUGAACCCAUCAGGAGAGCGCUGUGCCAGUAUCUCAGCUCAGGACUGGGGGAGGGAGGAGUACUCUGAAC